CAACCACGACCUUCAUAUCACGGAAGAAGGCUCGCGCACGACUCGCGUAUAAUCUAUAUAAUCUUGCCGCUUCUCUACGCAAUAUAUGCCUCCCAAAAAGAAGUCACGGAAGUGUCUCGCUCAACGACAGCCGACGACGGCAGCUGUCGGCCCACCGACAAAGGCGCGCGUGGUUGCUAAUGGCAAGUUGAAGCUCCUCGUUGAGAUGCCUCUGGAUGUACUAUACGAGAUCUUCGGUCAUUUAGACCCUCAGUCUUUGUUGCAUGUUUCCUACACCUCCAAGGCGCUGCGGGCAAUCCUGAUUACGAGAAACUCUCGCUCUGUGUGGAGGAAGUGCAUUGCCGCAGACCACGACUUCCCCCCUAAGCCGGACAACCUGAACGAGCCUCAAUGGAUUGAGGUGCUAUUGGGUAACACAUGUUCCUACUGCAGUCAACCCUCGACCUGCGCACUUUGGCCUUUCAGCGUGCGCACGUGCGACCGCUGCCUGGGACAAAGGUUCUUUGACGAAGCGGGCAUCGUAAGGGCUAUCAAGCAGCCGGCAGAACAGUGCCGUCUACAUCUACAUAUCCAUGCGUAUGCUCACUACCGGAGGGUCUACAACCUUACAGACGUCAAAGCACAAAUUGAGGUGUUCAAGGGUGUCGAUCAGGCAGACACCGACGCCGUCAAGGCGGUUCAGUCUUCGCUUCUCGAGAGGCAGAUGGCUGCCGAGAUGCAUGCAAGAAAGUGCGAGAACUAUGUUCAUGUCGUUCUACCACGAAGGCAGAGAGAAGAGGAGAAGAGGUUUCUGAAAGCGCGCCUUGCGCAGAUCGAGACACGCUUACGCGCUCUGGGGUUCUCCGAAGAGAUUGACUGGAUACACUCCGUCCAAUCCAAGCUACUGGAAGACCACCCGCUGGUCAAGUCGUUCGACGAGAUCACGGACAGCUCAUGGAAACAGAUCUCCCGCCCUCUUUCCAAACUCCUUCACGACAUCCGCGACGACAUGCUCGAGAAGAAACGCAAGAAACUCCUCAAAGACAGGAUGCAAAUCGUGAUUGACGCAUUGAAGGCAUAUGUAUCCUCAAAACCAGUCCCCUCGGCUAUCGACGACGCCGACCAAAUCUACCCGAGCGCCCUCGACAUCAUCACCCUCCCGAGCAUCCACCGCAUGAUGUUCGCCGAGGUCAGGUCCUACGUGACCGACGUCGAGCCCGACCUGACGCGCCUCAAGUCCUCUCUCUCCCCCUCCGCCCUCGACGCCCUCUGCGAGGAGUGGCGCACCCUCAAAGGCCGCGAGCUCGUCGCCCUGCUCCCCGCCUCGCACCGCCACCUUGAGGACGAGGCGGACGACGAGCUGUACUCGCUCCGCUUCGCCCGCGUGUUCUUCCGCUGCGCGGGCUGCAGCGAGCCCGUGAACUUCCCGCGCGUGCUGGCGCACGCCUGCGCGCGCGCGGCGCGCCUCGGCUUUCGGAACCUCGCGGGCGAGGAGGCGUGGCUGUGGAAGCGGCUCGACGCGCUGCCGUGGAACCACGACGGCGCGCGGUUCGAGUGGGAUGGGGCGGUCGCGCGGGCGGCGGGGGCGGUCAUCAGGGCGUGCGGGUGCGACGCGCGGAUCGUGGACCAGGGCGACAUGGACGAGGAGGGUGCGUGGCUGGCUUGUGCGACGUGUGAGGGGCAGACGGGGGGCAAGGAGCGCGAGGUGUUUGGGUGGCGGCGGGCGAUUGUGCACUACCUCGGUCACCUGAACCGAGGGGAGGAUGACCCCAGCUGGAUCCACUUGCGCGACGAGGAAGAUAUCCGACUCGCCAAGCGCGCGGAGGCCCACUGUCGCAGCCGCAACGACAUCGAGGCCAGGACUGACGCGCCGUUGGACUACGCUUGUGUGCACUGCCGCGAGCGCAUGUCCUUGAGCGUGGUCAAGCAUCACUUCUUGCACAUACACAACAAGCCCACGCCGGUAGAAGGCGAUGAUUACAGGUUGCACGUUGACGCAUCCAUGCGAGGUCUUCGUCUGCACUUCAUGAUUCCUCGCAGAGACUGUAAAACUGGUAGGCCGACGGCGACGAAGGGGAAGCGCAAGGGCAAAGCAAGAGCGCGGGCGGCGGAGGUUAUCGAUCUCUCGGAGGACUAA